GGGACGAACGACAAUACAAAAGCAAGUUUAGAUUCCUCAUGUUUUCAAUGUUAGGAAGAACUGCCGUAUCUUAUUUGAGGAAACAGACUCAAGUUCAUAUACUGAAAAGAGGUUUUGCAGACCAAGUUGCCCAAGGUUCAGAGAAACUGAAACUUAGCUUUGCCACACCCACUUCUGCCCUUCGAAAGGAUGCCUCCGUGGAUAUGGUAGUAUUUCCUGCAGCUACAGGAAUGAUGGGCGUUCUUCCUCAACAUGUUCCCACAGUUGCUCAACUAAAACCUGGUGUUGUCACUGUAAUAGAAGAGGGCAAGGAAGAUAAGUAUUUUGUCAGUAGUGGAUUUGCUUUUGUUACCCAGGAUCGAACAGAUAUCUUGGCCGUGGAAGCUGUUCGUUUGGAAGAUCUGGAUAAAGAGGCUGUACAAAGAGGAUUAAGUGAGUGUGAAAGUGCCAUAAACUCAGCUUCCGAUGAAGUCUCCCAAGCAAUUGCACAGAUUGGAGUGGAAGUACACUCAGCCAUGAAAAGUGCACUUGAGAGCUAGUGGAACCAAUAUCCUGUGAUGUUGUUUUUAUAAGCUUUUGAAAAUAAAGCAAAGUGAGGCUUUGACAAUUUUUGAAUAUCGUUCUUUUCUUUUGUUCCUGAAACUGACAACAACUGUGUUUAGAGAAGGCUUAGAUAAACACUCCCACAUACCC